AUGACACAGCCUCCAAGCUUCACUAGUCCAUCUCAUCCCACUCAUGUUUGUCUUUUAAAGAAGGCUUUCUAUGGUUUAAAGCAGGCUCCUCGUGCUUGGUAUUCUACCUUCUCCAGCUUUUUACUAUCGCAAGGUUUUCUUAAUAGUCAGUGUGACAAUUCCUUAUUCAUUCAAAGGACUUCUUCAACUGUUACUCUUCUUCUUGUAAAUGUUGAUGACAUUUUGGUUACUGGAAAUAGCUCUUCUCAUAUUCAAUCACUUCUUGCUCAAAUGCAUACUGCCUUUGCCAUGAAGGAGCUCGGGGAUAUUUCCUAUUUCUUGGGUAUAUCUAUACAAGCUUAUGGUGAUUCCUAUUUCUUAUCUCAACACAAAUAUGCUUCUGAUAUCCUCAUUAAAGCUGGUAUGACCACUUGCAAGCCCUACAAUUCCCCUAUGUCAAUUAAACCUUCUCUUGGUCCAGAUUCUGCUCUUCCAUUUAAUCAACCAGAGCUUUAUCGCAGUGUUGUUGGUGCACUUCAGUACCUUACGAUCACCCGACCUGACUUAUCUUUCUCUGGUAACCAAGCUUGUAAACACAUGCAUGCUCCAACUAAUGCUCAUUUUGCUGCUGUCAAGCGACUGUUAAGAUUUGUCAAAGGGACUUUAGCUCAUGGGCGCACUUUCAGUCCUAGUUCUUUUGAACUUCAGGCCUUCUCCGACUCGAAUUGGGCUGGUGAUGCUCUCGAUCGUCGCAGUUCUUCAGGCUACUGUGUGUAUCUUGGGUCAAACCUUAUUUCUUGGUCUGCUAAAAAGCAACCAACUGUCUCACGAUCCUCAACCGAAGCUGAAUAUCGCUCUCUCGCUCACACCACAGCUGAGCUUACUUGGUUAACCAUGUUACUUCGUGAACUUCAACUUCACUCUCCUAUUCCUCCUAUCCUUUGGUGUGACAACCUGUCUGCUAUUGCCUUGGCUUCCAAUCCCAUUGUUGAUAUCUUCACAAAGCCUCUCUCAGUUUCACGAUUUCACUACCUUCAAGCCAAGCUUCUGGUCUCUCCCUCUCCCAUUAGCUUGCCUGAGGGUGAUAAGGAUUCUAGUGCAGAAGCAACAGCCACAGCUUCAGCUUCAGCAGCAGCUUCUGAUAUGGCUACUUCGACAUUCAAGAACAAAGCUUCAACUGCAGUUCCAUAUAGUCAGUUAGGAAUUGGUUAG